AUGGCAGUUAAAAAAGGUCAAAAUAAAAUAAAUACUCAGGGCAAAAGAGUAAACCGUCCUCAGGGAAGAAAUACCUAUAAAGGUAAAUCGUUACUGGAAAGAAUUGCCGUGCCAAAAAACACCAGAGAUACGAAAGUUGGAAAGACACCUGCUUCUAAUGGACUGCGGGUGGUGAACGGCAAGCUACUCCACGCAAAUGAUGUUGGAGUUCUGUUGAGAGAUGCUGCCAAUAGAACCUCCAAGAAACCAACUACCGUUUUUCGUGAAAGAAAGCCCAAUAAAGACCUUCGUCAACGAACAAUGAAGAAGCUUCAGGUAUCAAGGCCAAGGCCCGCUCCCCAGCCAUAUGGUAAGAAUCUAUAUAUUUCACUUAAGUCUUCGGCUACAAAUGAAUUUUUGAGGAUACGAAAUCUCCCUCUAGGGUCCAACUCACAGGAGCUGACGAAAAUUGUGGAAAAUAUUUCCCAUUCAAAAUUAUCUAAGAUUAACGUCAUUGAUUUGCCAUCAGGUUCCGUAACUGCAGAGGUAUGGUUCUCCAAAUCAAACAGCCAUAUGUUAAGUGACGUUCAAAAAAGAUUGAAUCGGGCUAACGUUGACGGCCGCGUCGUGUUCGCAGAAGUUGCUACCGUGCCAGAACUCCAGUAG